AGGCGGGUCUCUGGGAGGGAGCGACAGACGCCGGUCCGCGCUGGGGGCAGAGAGAAGGCGGGAGCGGCUGAGCUCCGGGGCCGCCUCCUUCUCGGAGGGAUUCCCCGGCUCAGCGAAAGGCGCCUCUCCGCCCCGGCGCGCAUGGCGGCCCCGCGACUCCCCGGCCUCCCGCCGCCGCCGCUCCUCGUCCUGAUCGCGCUGGCCGCCGCCGCCCAGCCGCCCCACCAGGCCGCCUUCCGCGCGGGACACGGCGCAGCCUCCCUGCCCGCCGCCGCCGCCGCCGCGCCCCGGAGACGGUGAGGAAAGGCCUCGCGGGGGCCGGAGGGACAGGGCGGCCGCGGAGGCGCCCGAGGGAGGCCAGGCGGGAGGGCAGCCGGAGGGAGGGGCGCUGCUGGUCGCCUCUCGCCCCGGGCCCCGGCCCCGCCAGCCAGAGUCCGGCGAGGGGGCCUGUCGGGACCCCUCGCAGGCGCCUCUCCGCCUCGGCCCCGCCGGGCUCCCGCCGUCAACUCGGCGUCUCUUACCUCAGGCGGACACGAAGCGACUCCCGUGGGAAUCUCCCCUCAAACUGAUCUAACAGAUUUUUUUCUUUAGUAAAACAAUUCAUGUAUCUAUAGGCAGCAGAGGAUAUCUGAAUAGCGAGUUCUCCCGGCUUGAACAGAGUUUAAAGGGUCCCAUCCUGAGCAGGGAAGUUGAAGCCUGGCUUGGAGCUAGGAAGGGCCAACUCAAUGCAAUGAUCCUAAACGAGAUGGGAAGGGGCAGUUGCUAAAGGGUCUUACAAUUCAGGAGAUUCUGCAAACACUCAGCUAAUUUGGGCCCACUGCAAAAUUCCUCUGAUUGGCACAAAAAAGCAGUAGCUGCCCUCUCUUUGGAAACAGAAAUAAAUUAGUAUUAGAAGCAGCAGUUACUGUUUAUAAAACUUAUGAGAAUACAGUGGUCCUUCCAGUUGCGGACGGGAUCCAUUCCGGAGGUCCGGCCCGAUCCCAAGGUUUUCACAACUGGAGAGACCACUUCUGCGUGCUUGGCAAAAACCCAGAAAUAUACUUCCCAGUUUGCCGCUUAUGUAUCCCAAAAUUUACAUAACUGGAGGGAUAGGUAAGCAGAGGUACAACUGUAUAUGAACAGCAGGACAUAGAAAGCUGUCAUAAAGUAAAUCAGACCUCUGGUCCACCUUAGGUCUGCUUUAUUGACACUGAUUGGCAGCAGCUGUCCAGGACUCCCCAUCCCUUCCAGGAGAUGCCAGGGGUUGUGAUUUCUGCAUGCAAAGUGUGCGCUCUACCGUUGAGAAGAGGAAAUAUAGUAUAGGUCAUGACGCACCUGACCAUAAGACGCACCUAGUUUUAGAGGCAGAGAACAAGAAAAAAAAAUUCUCUCCCUCUCUGCACAGCGCUUCUCCAGCAAAGCGGGAGGAGAAAUGGAAGGGGCUCCGUUUCUCUUCUGCUUUGCUGAAGGGGCGCUGCGCAGCUUUCCCUCUCUGAGCAGUGCCUCUCCAGCAAAGCGAAGUCAGAACAGCAGCUCCAGAGGCUUUGCGUGGCUAUCCCUGAAGCUAGGAGAGCGAGAGGGAUCGGUGCACACUGAUUCCUCUCGCUCUCCUGGCUUCAGGGAUAGCUGCGCAGCCUUCAUUUGCUCCAUAAGACGCACACACAUUUCCCCUUUUUAGGAGGGGAAAAGUGUGUCUUAUAGAGCGAAAAAUACGGUAAGUAGACACCAACUUGGGUGGUCUGGGUAGAUGCAGAUUGGAUGGAAAGUUCCCCCUUAGAAUAGUUGUCUUCCUUCUGUUCUAAGAUUCCCUUCCCAGAUGGUGAACAGAGCAAUCCAAACUCUUGGAUGAGGCAGGUGCCUUGUUCAUCCUGGCUUAGUGAAGGGACCCUGUUCUACCCACCCAACUUGGCUGGCAUAAACCUAUGAAGAAAGAGGGUGGGGGUUGGACAUGAGUCAGCCAAGUUGCUGCUGCACCCUAAGCCAGUCCAACUACUGGCAGUGAUGGAGGUUUUCGGGGGGGGGGGGGACUGAAUUAGAAUGAUUUGCAUUAGAAAAUUCCUGCUCUCCCACACCUUCUAUUCCGGCUGGCACAAGCCAGAUGGUGGUUAUGACUCCACGGUUCUAUUUAGUCCCCACUGUUUUUCACCAGGGGAGAAGAUUGUACCCCAAACUCUGUAUCCUCCAAAAGCACAGCUGACUGUGUAUCUGCCUUAUUCAGAACUAGGAAGUCACUGGAGAUUAUAAAUCAUGACUUUUCUUUAGCUUUUUCAAGUAACUUUAUUUUGUUAUCUCCAGGUAUCUUUUGUAUGAUGUAAACCCACCGGAAGGUUUCAACCUCCGCAGAGAUGUCUAUAUAAGAGUUGCUUCGCUUAUAAAAACUUUGUUGAAACAUGAAGCCUGGGUAUUGGUUCUGCCUCCCUGGGGGCGUCUCUAUCACUGGCAGAGUCCUGACAUUCAUCAGAUCCGAAUUCCUUGGUUUGAAUUCUUUGAUGUUCCCAGCCUCAGUAAAAACAUACCAGUUAUUGAGUACGAAGAGUUUCUUGCAGGUAAAAUAUUACUAUUAAAUAAUCAGUAUUCUAUGCAGUCUUGAAGUAGUUUUGUGGUGGGCUUUUCUGCUUGCAUUCAGUUAAAUGAGGUGUUUGAAAUUGAUAACAUUUCUAAAGUAGAAUUCCAAAUGAGGAUAUGUUACCUUUCUCACCACUACUAUCUCUCAGGGGGUAGAGGGAUAUCUACUAUUAUGAAGGCUAAAAUAUAUUAGUAGGUACAUGCUAGCUGUUGCACAAUUGCAUGUGUAUGCCCUUUAGCAAAUAUUAAAUGAAACAAUAAUAUCUUAUUUGGGCAUGACCAUAGUUGCUUGGAGAAACAGAAGAUACAGAUUUUUGUUAAUGUGGCACCCAUUUUUGCAGUUGGCAUAAGGGCUGCAUCAUACAGAUGAUGGAGCAGAUUUGUAGGUAGGACUAGAAGCGCUGGUUUAAAUUAUAAGGAAGGGGAUUUAAGCUAAGCUGAACAUCAGAAAUAAUUUUGCGAUGGGAUGAGUUGUGGGCAGUGAAACAGACUGCCUUGGAAGUAAUGUUGUCUCUUUCGCUAGAGGUUUUUAAGCACGGUCUGGAUGGACACCUGUUGGGGAUUGUGUCAGUGCGUUUCUUGAAUUGGCACAGGGUUGAGGCUCAUGCCAACUUAAUAAAAUCAAAAGGUGCUUUUUAUAGAAACAUCUGAUAUAACCUGCAGCUCUCUUCCGAAUCCUCUCCAGAUUAUUUGUCUUUUUCUGAAGAUGCAGUUACCAGAUUCACAGGGCUCCAACUCAAACCCCCUUUCUAUUAACUGACAUUCUGGUUUCAGUAGAUAAUUACUUUGGAAGUAACUGUAUGCAGCUAGAGAUAAUGCUAGUUGCUCCACUUGAUAUCUGCUGUAUAAAAUGAAAUACAUAUAGAUGUUAUACUCAUGUGCUGAUUUUUGUUCCUUAUUCAGAGUCAGGUGGCCCCUUUAUUGAUCAGGUGUAUGUUUUGCAAAGUUAUGCUGAAGGAUGGAAAGAUGGGACUUGGGAGGAGAAAAUAGAUGAAAGGCCAUGUAUUGACCAACUAAUGUAUUCGACAGACAAACAUAAAUACUACAGGUAAUCUUCUAUAAUAGUAGUUGCAUUAUAAUUACAGUUGGGCACCUAGAAUGCAGAUAUUUUCUCCCCAAGUCCCUAAACGUCCCCCCUGAAAAAACUUUCAUUGGAAUUUCUAACAUUAAAACAGUUUUUUCUCUUGUUCAAUGAAUAUUUUCUUAUUGUUGCAUCAGCAUGCUCUUCCUAAAUGAAAAAUAUUUAUUUAUGUUUAAAGAUGGGCAUCUUCCAUUCUGUUUACAGUAAAACACAGAAUGGUUAACAGCACAGAAAUUUAAAUAGUCCAAAAACAUAGCCAGUGCUGCUAUUGUUCCAUAUUGCUACCUACAGUGGUACCUCUAGAUACGAAUGGGAUCCGUUCCGGAGCCCCGUUCACAUCUAGAGGUAAACGUAACUAGCGAUGGCACGUCUGCGCGCGUCGCUUUUCACCGCUUCUGCACAUGACGUCAUUUUGAGCGUCUAUGCGCAAGCGGCAAAAUCCGGAAGUAACGUGCUCCGUUACUUCCAGGUUGCUGCGGAGCACAACUCGAACACACUCAACUCGAAGCGUAUUCAACCCGAGAUAUGACUGUAUAUCAAUACUCUGGUGGGGAGAGUAUGGGAAUCAAGACAAAUUGGAGCUUUUAAGACGAAGUGGAAGUAUUCAGAAACUUGUGAGGAAGUGGUCGUGUCCUGGGUUUCAUGAUACAGAUACAAGGGAAAGCUGAAUACAUUCAGACAUGCACUCUCAACUUUAAGAAGGCCAAUUUCAAAAAGUUUAAGGAACUAAUGAGUGAAAUUCCAUGGUCAGAAAUACUCAAAGAGAAGGGAGUCCAAGAUGAAUAGGAGUUUCUAAAAGCAGAAAUAUUGAAGCCCCAAAUGCAGACAGUUUCAACAAGAGAGAAAAGUGUGAGACAUCUAAAGAAAUUGGCGCAGCUGCAUAAGGAGCUUACGGAUGAGCUGAGAUUUAAGAAUGGUGUGUAUAAGAAGUGGAAGAAAGGGGAAAUCACAGAGGAGGAGUACACACAGGUAACCAACAAUUGCAGGGUGACAGGCAGGCUAAAACUCUGAAAGAUUUCUUUGUGUUCAAAUCAGCAAGAUUCUUUUAAUUUCUAUUAUAUUGUAUAUGCCAAUCUAUUAAUGAUUUUCACCUUGUUUUAUAGGGGAUGGUUCUGGGGCUAUGAAGAAACACGCGGCAUGAAUGUGGCUUGUUUAUCUGUCCAGGGCUCUGCCUCUGUCAUAGCUCCUCUCCUUUUGAACAUCUCUGCUCGGUCAGACACAAUCUAUUAUUUUCUAUCUCAAAUGUUUCCAUAUUUGCUUUGCAUAGAGAAAGGCAAGCUUUAAACCCACCCCUUUCACUCUUAACAAGUAUGAAGGUUUGUGUUUUUUGUAAUCUCACAUUGAAUCCUAUUGCAGCACCACUAAGGCAGAGAAGGAGGAAUCCAUAAAAGCCCUCAGUUUGUAAAUGAUUCCCCUCCCCAAGAAAUCUUGAACUGUGAAAUUUUCCACUGAGGAAAAUCCAAAUUACCACAUGCAAACUUUGGCUAAUUUGGAUAGGUUUAUUUUCUUUUGAAAAAAUAUAAUAUCCUAGACUGAGAAAUUAAUGUAGCCUUUUAUUUUACUUUCAUUUGGUAAAGAAAUGAAAUGUUAACUGCUGAGCUCGUCUAAUACUGUAUUUACAGUUAACAUCCAUGCAUUCUUACCAAUUAACUUAUGAAACAGAAAAAAUAUAUAUAGAAAAACAAAGCACUGGAAAAUUAUCGAUGGUGCCCACCUGUCUUUAGUUACAAGCCAGAAACAAGGUGUCCCCAAAGUAUGUGAUCAACAUUUCCUCCACAGAAUGCUAAUUGUUGAGCUGUCUGGGUUUAGGAUUUUCUGGGUUAAGAAAGCUUUCUCAAUUUUCACCCACCCCACCCCCCGAAAAAUAAAUUGCAGUGUUCAUUUUUGUGCAUCCAUGGACUUCUCUGCUUCCUUAAACUAUAAAUUGAUGUAAGCUGUUUUGCAAGGGAAUGUACACUUGGUUUUAUCCUUUUUAGUAGGUCAGUGAUGCUAGACCGAGCUGAAAAUCUUCUUCAUGACCACUAUGGUGGCAAAGAUUAUUGGAAUGUAAGUAUUUUCUAGCCUUCUUUCCCAUAUGAUCCACUUAUUUUUUGCCCCUUGGCAAACAUCGUCUCAAGGCAUUUUGUAUGGCAUAGGUACCAUUAAGAAAAGAGGAUAUAUACAACCUGGCAUUUUCUAGGCACUUCCACUUACUACCAAAGCCUUAAACUUAAGCAUUUACUGCAAUUAUUUUAUAAAUGAUCCCAGAAUAUUAUUUGAAUUAAAGGUAUGGUAAUGCACCAAAAUUCCGUUGAAGGAAGACCUAUGCUGUUUUCUCCUGUAAUCACAUUACACAUUUUUUAAGUUAUCUUGCAGUACAUCACCUUCCUGUUAUCCAACCACAGUAUGGCUUCUAAUGACAUAAAUAGGCCACAGUAGUCUGUAUCAAAUCAUAGAUUAUCCUUACCUGACCAAAACUUUAAUAAUCCAAGCUAAUCCAUAAACUGUUCUCACACUUGGUGCUGCUAAUGCAUUGUCCUAGUUCUUUAUACUUGUACAGUUUACCUGAAUUUUUUCCGUCAGGGAGAUCCUUAGGUAUUUUGUUUUUUAUAUCCUGUUAUAUGAAGUAGUCUUGCCAGUUCUUGUUUUGAGGUCAUAUGCAUAUCCAGAACAACUAAUCCUAAUUUAUUUAAAUUGAUUUUGGCAAGGCAUUCUGAAGCUAAGAGAGCAAAUUUAGCACAGCUUCUAAAUCUUCACCUAGAAUGAAGUAUUUCAAAUACUGCAGGAUUAAUAUUUUAGGGUUUUGGUAGAGUGACUAUCCCAUCCUUUCAGUAAUUAAAUUUCCAACUGUAUUACAUAAAAACUGGAUUAUAGGGUGCUUCCCUAAUAUGCGUAUAAAAUCCAUCCAUUGAAUUUUGCUUCUCCAGUAGUUAACUUGGUGUUGUUGGAUACAUCUGGAUUAAUCUGUGUGGUGCUAAAUAACAUUGGGACUGUGCCUUUAAAGAAUUUUUGUUUUAGAUCUUGGAAGAACUUUAAUCCUUUAUCAUUUUAUUUUAUUUAUUUUUUGUGGCAGACUCGUCGAAGUAUGGUUUUUGCUAAGCAUCUUCGUGUGGUGGGGGACAUGUUUAGGACCAACUUCUUAAAUUCUACUGAUGAGAAGGAUAGGACACAGUAUUCUGAGGACUGGACAAAGAUGAAGGUAAAAUAGGUUUGCCUGAAUAUUUAAACUUAGCUAUUUUCUGUUUUAACUGCAUUUCUGUUGGGAGUGUCUAUAUGAGGGUCAUAUAAAGGAAUGGAGCCCAUGUGUUUUAAAGUGUGAUGGGAUGUGCUAUAGAAAGGGAACAUUGGCUUUUCUGGGAAUGCUGGUUCUCAUCAGGGAAUGGGGACUUGACUGAGCCACUUACUCUGCCUUGCUUGUAAGGAGCUGCUUCUUCCCUUCAUGUGGAAAGAGCCCACUCCCUGUUCAGAUUUAAAAUAAAAAUUAAAAGGAAGGAGGAUAAGGCAGUAGGUCAGCUGCUGGGAAUUUCUCAAGAGGAGCGAGACAACCAGUCACCCGGUGCCGCAUUUUCUGCUGCUUUCCAGACAAAAGCCCCCAAGUGGCUUGCAGGUGUUAAAAAUACACUAAUCAGAAUCAAAAGAGCUGAUGGUAUCACCUUUUUCUUUCAGAAAGUGCCACCAAAAAGCCUAUUGCUCUGAAAAUAGAUGGUUGGUAGGCUGGACUUGGAGCUUUGCAAAGUUCUGCUAAGCAUCGACCAAUUAGCUUCUUAGACUUCUUCCUUUAACAAUGCUAGAGAACAUGUGUUUAUCUGCAGGAUGUUUUCCCACUGAAUCAAUGCCAUUUUAUUUCAGUUUCAGCAUGUACUGGUUCUUCUGUGCUAGGUAAAGCUGGGUACGGCCAUAGGGGGCCCCUAUCUGGGAGCCCACCUCAGGCGCAAAGACUUCAUCUGGGGUCACAGAAAUGACGUGCCUAGCAUACAGGGAGCGGUGGAGACCAUCCGAAGCCUCUUGAAGUUGCACAAACUUCAGAGAGUCUUUAUAGCCACUGAUGCCGUUGCGAAGGGUAUGUAGCUUUUUUUUAAAAAAAAACCCCAAUACUUUAAUGUUUUGUUCUAAACUGAAUCUACUCACUUAGAUGCAGGUGCUGCAGCUACAGUGCGUAUUUAUUUGUUCUCCAGUACCUUGGACAAUAGGGACGUGGGUGGUGCUGUGGUCUAAACCACUAAGCCUCUUGGGCUUGCCGAUCAGAAGGUCAGCAGUUCGAAUCCCCGCGACGGGGUGAGCUCCCGUUGCUCGGUCCCUGCUCCUGCCAACCUAGCAGUUCAAAACACAUUCAAGUGCAAGUAGAUAAAUAGGUACCACUCCGGCGGGAAGGUAAACGAUGUUUCCAUACUCUGCUCUGGUUCGCCAGAAGCGGCUUAGUCAUGCUGGCCACAUGACCCAGAAGCUGUACGCCGGCUCCCUCAGCCAAUAAAGCGAGAUGAACACUGCAACCCCAGAGUUGGCCACGACUGGACCUAAUGGUCAGGGGUCCCUUUACCUUUACCUUGGACAAUAUGUGGGAGGCUUUUGUAGGCCACUAGAAAGGGCUUCAUGAGCUGAUGGCUUGCCCCUGAAUUAAAUGUUUUUACGGGACAGUGAUCUACCGCAGUAGAUCUUCAGCUCCGGACACCCUUAGACUCCCUUUUUUUACCGUGUGUGCCCAUUUCUCUUUAUUAAAAACACCAACACUUAAAUAAGCAGGAAGAAAAUGGUAGUUGUGCUUCUAGUGUGACCCCCUUUAGAGUGGGGACCAGCUGAAGGCCACUGACGACGUAGUGUCCCUUUUCAGAGACUGAAGAGUUGAAGAGACUUCUUCCAGAGAUGGUGAGAUUUGAACCUAAUUGGGAGGAGCUGGAACUCUACAAAGAUGGAGGAAUAGCAAUUAUUGAUCAGUGGAUAUGUGCACAUGCCAGGUGACUAUGGUUUGUGUGUUGUUUUCGUUUUACUUUUCUAUUAGAGCAGUCUUCAUGCAUACGAAUGUGCUUGCCCUAAUGAAGAGAGGCUUAUGGCCAGCUUGUGAGGGCGAUUUGGGGGGAGCGAGCAUUGUGCUUCCCUCCCUAUGCUGGGCAGAAGCUUCCUAGGCUUUGGGAAGAAGGCACAGGUGGAACAUUUAGGAGACGGGCCUAGUUGUCCCCCGGUCCACUGACCGCAUGCCACUGAUUGAGAGUUAUGUUUUAUAUCAAGUUAGGCCAACUUCACUCAUGCCAUGAUAGGCAAAAAUAAAGCAUAGGAAAAAAUUCAGAUUGGCACCCAUCUUUAAAAUUUGCUUUAUCAGAAGUGGCUUCUGCUGAGUGGAGCCACCGGCCCAUCCAGGCCAGAACUGUCUUUUCCAGGUAACGAUAUUUGUGUAACAUUCUCAGCAUUGCUGCCUGAGGUUCUUUUGACCUGCAGGUGCUCAGGGUUUAACUGUGUUAAUUUCUGCGUAUGUCUGUGUUUGACUCAGCAGGCAUAGCUCUUAAAUGGUUUACAGUGCAACUGUUUUAAGCAACCAACUUUCCCCUAACUUUGUGAAUUAGUUAACAUGGCUGUUUCAGAGAGGAGAGUUUGACAAUUGGUGUCAAGUGGAGGUUUCUUUGCAUGAACCUUGUACUCUUCUCACGGCCCCCUGUGGACACAUCAAUAGCUGGUGUCAGAAUGCAGCCUAAAAAUCUGAUUUCCAUAUCAUGAAUGUGCAGUAGAAACUUCUCUUACUUUUUUCUGUACUUCACAGAUAUUUUAUAGGUACCUCGGUCUCAACAUUUUCCUUCCGCAUUCAUGAGGAAAGAGAGAUUCUGGGUUUUGAUCCCAAAACAACUUACAACAGAUUUUGUGGCGAUGAAGAGAGUACCUGUGAACAGCCAACUCACUGGAAAAUUGUAUAUUAAAAUAUACUGGUCCAUGCAACUGUAGUCUUUAGGCUUAUCAAUGCAAUUAAACAAUCAUUUUUGUAGAAAUAAAUUUAUUUUGAAUGUUGGUUUUUAAUUUCUGGUGCUAAGCACAUAUGAAUGGUGGAAGUCAGGUGCAUUCAGCUCACUCAGUAUUAUCAAUGGCAGCUCUUCUGACAAGAUACCAAAAUGUCUCCCUUUUAAAAAUUGAUCAUAUGAUAUUUUCUGAUGUUAAAAUAUUAUUCUGGAUACAGAACAUCAGUUUGUAUUAUCUUCAAAGCAGAAGAGAUAUUUUCUGUUUGGCUUUCUAUGUUUACAAGAAAUAAAGGUUUCUUUGUUUUUAUUUUGAGAGUUGUGUGCCUCUUGCCACUCUGUAAGAAGUCUUCACGCUGUGGACUGGCAAGAAAAUACACAGUUGUAUGGUUAGUCUGGUAACUGAUCUACCAUAGGUAAAUCAAGGAGGUUAUAUGGAUAAUCCACCAUCAACUCUGUUUAAUAUUGCGUCUGCAAAUGGAAUUAGGUUUAUCACACCUCCAGACCUAAUAUUAAUGUGUAAAUCUCUGGUGUUUAUGCUAGAACUGUGAGUGGCUUCCCACUGGAAAUCCGACUGGCCGCCUUCUCAAAAGUGUGGGGCAUUGCACUGUCAGAACACCUGAUACACAAAUGGUUAAUGGUUAAUCAAAAAUAGACCACAUUUAUUUGACUUGGUUUAAGUUUUUCUCCUGUUAACUCAUCCACACAGCCCACUAAAUCCCCUGCUCAACAGAUAAAAUAUAUGGAGCUUUUUCGAUAAUUAAUUUGACUCACCUUUCUUUUUUGUGAUCAAUUGUAUGUGGCACUGCGCACUCAGUUGCCUCCCGGUUUUCCCCUCCCCUCU